AUGUCCUCCACGCGCGCUCGCAAGGAUCCGCUUCGCCGGAUCGGCAACGGCAAUGCUGUCGCCGGUGGUCUCGACAUGACGCGCGUCGGCAUCCUUAGCGACCGCGAACUUGCCUUUUUCCAACGUCUUGCCUACACCGGGUCGCAGGCGGCGGAACAGCAGCAGCGCGACGCCCGAAAGCAGGAGGAAGACCGUCGCCGCGAGCUGUCCAAGACUCGCACGGCCGGUUGGACCGACACGAUCGAGGCACGCCAUGACCAAUUUGUCCAGGCACAGCAAGACGCCAAGGAUGCCGCGGAGGCGCGUCAGAAGGUGCUCGACGAGCUCUACGCCAAGCAGCUCGAGGAGGAGCACAAAGCCGUCAUUGCGCGCCAAGCGCUGGAACAUCUCAAGGAAGACCCGCGCGGACGCCAUCUGCGCUCGAUGAACAUGCUGCACGAGGCACUGAAGGCUCGCAAGGAGCAGGUGGCCUACAAGCAGAUGCUCCAGCGCGAGGACGAGGCGCAGAACGCGAACGCUCAGCGCGAGUUCCAGCUGCAGCGGUGGGGCGACCAGGCCGAGGAGCUGCACAAGAAGCUCAAAGCACGCCAGCGCAACGUCGAAGAGAAGAACGCCAACUUAGAAACUGUGCUCUUCCAGAUCGAUCAACGACGACAGGAGCGUGCGGUGCAGCAGCAGGACCGCAAGCACAUCGAUCAAGAGGCUGCCGAGGAGCGUGCCGAGCAGCAGGAAGAAGCAGCGCAGCGUCGUGCUCGAGAGCUUGAGAAUGGCGCCUACAACAAGGCGCACAGCCGUCCCGCGCUGACCAGGUCGGAGAAGCUGCAGACUCGUGUGGCCGAAAAUGUCAAGGACGAGGCCGCGCUGCGGGCCGAGGAGGAGAAAGUCGACAGCAUCAAGCGCUGGGUUAUGGAACGCCAGCAGAAUAAGCUGGCGGCGUUCGAAGAGCGAAAGAAGGCAGGCCUGCGGCGGUACCUUGACGAGGCAAAGCAGGAGAACCUGCCGACGUAUCGCACGCAGGAUGUGUUUGAGAAGGGGGAGAGCUUCCUGCAGAAGCUCUACGACGGCGACGUGAAGCAGCAGGAGAAGCAGCACGAAUAUCGCCUCGAGAUGGAGCAGCAGCGGCUAGAGAUGGAGGAGCAGAAGGCGGCGGAGGCGCGAGGUGAUGUCGUCGGCAGCGGCGACGGCGCCGACGGAAGCACCUCACGACGACACGCCGCUGCCACGACUGCCGCCGGCUUUCUCAACAAGGCCGAGGAGAUGGCGUACGCGGAGGAGAUGCGUCGCUACCCGGAGCAGCUGAGGGCAAAGGAGGCCGAGGAGGCCGCCGCCCGUCGCGCCGAGGCGUUGCGAAUCGAGCGCAUUCAGAAACUGCAGGCCGCCGAGAAGCGCGAGAACGCGCGCCGCGCCGUCGAGGCUCGUCGUGAAGAGUUUCGGCAGCAGCAAUCCCAGCAGGAGGCGGACGACGCGCGGUAUCGGGCCUACAUCGACUCCGUGGUACCGGCCGACAUGGACCCGAUACUGUACCGCAAAGCCACUCAGCUGCAUUGA